GUUUGAGAAGAUGAUCAGUGGGAUGUAUAUGGGUGAGCUGGUCAGACUGAUCCUGGUGAAGAUGGCUAAAGACGGCCUGCUCUUCCAGGGACACACCACUCCAGAUCUGUUCACCACUGGCCACUUCCAGACCUCCUUCGUCUCUGCCAUCGAGAAUAAAAAGAGCAGCGAGGGUCUGCUGAGAGCGGAGCAGGUUUUGAGAGGACUGGGUCUGGACUCGUCUCCGGAGGACUGCGUGGCCGCACAGAGAGUGUGUCAGAUCGUCUCAACACGAGCAGCUCAUCUCUGUGCCGCCGCGCUCGCGGCCGUCCUGCGGCAGAUCCGGGAUAACAAAGCCACAGAGAGACUGCGCACCACUGUCAGCGUGGACGGAUCGGUCUACAAGAACCACCCACA